GCGUGUGGCUCGAGAUUAUUCUGCGUCUGAGGGAAACAUGCGAGCGUCAACAUGCGUGAUGUUCACGAGCAGACGCGCCGCUCGGCCGUGACGCGCUCCGCGGCGGAGGAUGUCCGUGAGCGCGGCGGCGGAGGACGGAGGCGUCAGUAAAGCGCAGGUCAAGCGUCAGAUCAGGAGCAUCGUGAAGGAUCUCGAGCACAUCCUGGGAGACCUGAAGGAUGUGGCGAAGGAGCUCAAAGAGGUGGUGGAGGAGAUCGACUGCCUGACGUCUGACCUCCGUCUGGAGGAGGAUCUGACAGACGGCUCAAAGACAGACACACUCAACAGCAGCUCCAGCAGCACCACCACGGCCUCCAGCGUCAAGAUCUACCCCGAGGAGACGCUCUUCAGACCUUCAGCCGUCCUGAAGAGACCCACACACAGAGCCCAGGACAUCUCGCUGAUGCAGAACGGAGACCCAAAGACAUCGGGCUGUCCUCAGAGCACGAGAGAGCGCGUGCGCUUCAGCGAGAAGGUGCAGUAUCACGGCUACUGCCCGGACUGUGACAGCAACAGCACAGAUCUGCACUUACACACCGAGCUGAUCGACGCCAGACACAGUCCUGUCCAUCAGAGCCCCGAGGUCGCCAGCAUCGCCUUCCCCUCGCAGAAACCACACAAGACCAUUCUACGCAAGUCCACCAGCACCACCGUCUGAUAGAGAGACAGGCCUUUCGUUUGGAGAGGAGAAGCCGGAGAAACACAGGAGGGGAAGAGCUUUCAGAAUCAGGAGGAAACACUUCUCAAACUGAGGACGAUCUUCUUCUUCUUCUGUCUGUGAUGACGAUGCUCUCUCUGUUCCCUGCAGGUCUCUCAUGCGCCGCUCAUCUUCAUCUCACCUCGACAGAGAUCUGGAGCAUCUGAUCACAUCACCCUUUAAAGAACAGAAACCAAAAACGACUAACAAUCCUCCGCAAAUUCAGAGAACCAGAACUUUGUAAAGGACCUCCUCGGUUUUUGUAAAUACAAGAAUCAUAUUUUUGAUAUUUUCUAAGAUGAUUUUAAAGAUGUCACACAGUAUAUAUGAUUAAAAGUACUGAUUAUAAGCUUGGAGUCUGUCUUUAUUGUGAGCGGAGAGAAGAAAUGCUGAGAGCGGACAGCAGGGGGAGACCUGCUCUCAUUAGUGGAGUGAUGAAGACUGUGAUGAAGACAGUGAUGAAGACAGUGAUGAAGACGGUGAUGAAGACUGAUGAAGACUGAUGAAGACGGUGAUGAAGACAGUGAUGAAGACAGUGAGGAAGACUGUGAUGAAGACAGUGAUGAAGACUGUGAGGAAGACUGUGAUGAAGACAGUGAUGAAGACAGUGAUGAAGACAGUGAUGAAGACUGUGAUGAAGACGGUGAGGAAGCACGCUUGUACUGUCAGCUGGACAGUGUUUGUGUAUGAUGUGUGCUUGAGGAAACAGAUGAGAAGAGAUGAAGACUGAAGAGCUGAUUCUGUGACGCUGAGCCGAGGUCACAAAGUGUUUAUCAUUUAAAGUCAAGAUUCGACGCCACCUCGGGCUUUUUCCAGAGAAUAUAUCAUUUAUACUAGAAACUAUCAAAUCUGUGUUUGUUAGUUUUAAAAAUGCUCAUGUCUUUAUAUUAAAGAUUUGAUUCAUU